ACAUUUCCUAAUUUUCGUGACCCGGAAGUGUUUCUUUAAUGUUGCUCACAAGAUGCUGAUGACGUUGAUUGAUCAUUUAGCUACUUGAGGCUCGCUCAGUGUUGGGAAUGCAGCCUCCACUCCCACCGGAUGCAGUCAGAGAGCUGGUAUUUUCCUGUCUCCACAGGGACCCGGUAGCUGCUGACCUGAGAUGCAGCCUGUUUGUUGCGGCUGCCCAGAGCUACAAGAGGGACUCAUUGCUCAGACCAUACCCACCCAGAUACAUCCGGGACAGAGAUACCAAAGAGUUUGAUGAGCUGCUGACAGAUGUGAACAGCCUACCUGGGGUGAGAGAGCUGGUGAGACUGAGGCCGGGCGAGGGGAACCACCAUCUGGCUCUCACACACUGGGUUCUCUCCUCCAAGAGCUUCGCCGUGAAGACUCUACAGAAGGAGGAGUACUCCAAGCUCUGCAACCUAACGAAGAGUGAGGGGAUCUUGACGCCUGUUCCUGACUUCCUGUUUGAGCUCGAGUACUGCGACCAGGUGAACGCUAAAUUCGAGAAGACGCGGGCGGGGCGCGACAUCUUCUACGCGUUCCACGGCAGCCGCAUCGAGAACUUCCAUUCGAUCAUCCACAAUGGGCUCCACUGCCACCUCAACAAGACCUCAUUGUUCGGAGAGGGCACCUACCUCACCAGUGACCUCAGCAUGGCGGUCCUCUACAGUCCCCAUGGCAACGGUUGGCGCGACAGUCUCCUGGGACCGUUGCUGAGCUGUAUCGCCAUGUGUGAGGUCAUUGACCACCCAGACGUCAAGUGCCAGGUGAAGAGGAAAGACUCGGAAACCGUCGAUCGCCAGCGGUCCAGAGCCAGGAACAGUGAAGGCGGGGAGGUCCCUCAGAAAUACUUUGUGGUCACCAAUAAUCAGCUGCUCCGUGUCAAGUACCUGCUUGUGUAUUCCCAGAAAAGACACUUCUCCAGACAUUCCCGGGGCACGUCCUGGCUGGUCCGGCAUCACUUCGCCAUCAUGAUGAGUCUCUACCUGCUGCUGCUCAUCUUCAUUGGUGCCUUCAACUCCACCGCAUUCCUCUCCUUCUGGAACAGGCUAUUUCGGUGACAUCAUAAACCUGGGACACUCUUCCGGUGACCUCACAAUUACCGGACCACAUGCUUCUGGUGACAUUACAGGGCCUCACUCUUCCAGCUGUGGUCACUGGGCCUUCAACCCAGGUCAGUUCAGCCAGAGGUUCUCCAUCUUUAAACCCUGUUGUUUUAGUGUUCCAGGGAGGUCGUGUUUCCGCUCCUAUUACCAGGGCUGACACUACGGACUUGGUAAGAGCAGUGUGUCAACGACGUCUGAAGAGUCAAACUAUCUCCUGAGGGAAGGAAUAGUUCUAGACAUGAUGGAUCAUUCUUCAUCAUAGUGUCUUUUUUAACACACAGUCAGACAGAUAGACAUACAUACAGACAAUCAGACUGAACAGGGAAUGUCAGCAAUGAGGAAAACCAUAAUAUACAUGCACUCUAUCGCUGUUUCGUUACUCUUUCCACCACCUCUUUUUAUUUCCAGCCAACACAGGAAGCGCACUGAUAUUCAGGUCUUUCUGUAAUUAGAAUCAGGAUUGGGUGUGCUUUCUGGAUUGAAAUGGAACCAAUGAAGAAUUGUUAGUAUGCUCAGUUACCAUGGUGAUUACUGGUCAUUAUGAUGCCGAUUCUUUACUCCACUGAGAAGUACACCCCAACCAGAGAGGCUCUAAGUCCUCAAGGCUUAAGUCUCAAUGGAAAAGAAAAGUUCCCAGUCAGUAAUAAAUAUAUCUAUACUGUAUAUAUGGGCACAGCUCACCUGUGGUCUGCCUUGCUAGUGAAUAUGAAAGGGUGCUGCGACGGCUGCUUUCAUCAAUGAUCACUACACUGUAUUUCUGUCUACUAUCUGUGACAGGCUGCUUGGGUUGUGUUCAUUAGGGCACAAAGUAGCAAACAUUUUCCGCAAACAAAAAAAAGUGUUUCUUAAGGGACAAAUAUUGGCAGUCCCGCCGUUUCAGGUGUUUUUCUUCCAUCGGGUGCCUAUUGAGCACGAUCCUGGGCGUGGCGUGGUCGUGUUGGACUGUGGUCAAGACGGAUUCCGUAUGCGCAGUUCCAGUCGAGAGUUUAGACUGGUACUGUAAGAUACUAUGUAAAUGUGUGUUCUGUCUGUGUUGUCUCUGUUUUCUGUGUCUUUGGUCAGCAAACAUUUACACACUGGGUGAGGGCAUCUGCUAAAUGACAAAGAAAAGGAAAUGUUUUUAGAACCGUUUAAGUUGGCAUAUGAUUUGCUGUUGUACUCUGAGGGUAGGAUUCGUGGACACAGAUUAAGUCUGGUCCUGGACUAAAACAAAAUCAAGCUCAAUAAUUAAUGUCUUUUUUUGUCCAGGACUAGGCUUAAUCUGUGUCUGUGAAACUGGCAAUUAAAGUUAGAAACCACUUGAAUUUGUCAAGAGGACCCUAAUUCUUUAAGAUGUUACGUGGGCCUAUAAGGAAUAUAUCAAAUAUAAUGUAUUAUGUAUUUUCAAGUAAUACCACAUUAAAUAUGCUUUUAUAUUGCUUAUCACAAAUACAUUUCUUAGUACAUCUUGAUCAUAAGAAAUAUAUUGUUUCUUUUUUUUUUUUAAACAGUUACACUUAAAUUCAAAUAGAUUCUUUUUACAACUUAUUUUACUUAUAGUUCUUUAAGAACAAAAAUGGCAUAAAGUAAUUUUUGUCAGAUAAUUAGAACAAAAUGGCGUUGCCUAAUGUAGGUUGCUUCUGUUUAACUCAAUGGCUUCGUAUAUUUCUAAGUAAAAGGGGCAAUCAAUCCACGUACACCAGGUCAUAGUGAACCAUUCUGAAAUAAAAACGAAUUUGUUGGGUGAUGCGUCUGUGGUUUUAGUGCAGGGUUAUUCAACUUUGGUCCAAGAGAGCUGAAACACUUCUGGUUUUUGUCCUGGCCGUCUAAUCAUGGACUAAUUCAGACCUGGGACACCGUGUGAGUUUUGUUAACUACCAGAUGGAAAUAAAACUAGUUUUUCAUCCCUCCAGCACUGGAGAUGAAAAGGCCUGGUGAUACUGUAUGUGGGAUGGGGUGUAGGAAAAAGAAAUGCUUUAACACACUUUCAGGGAAGUGGGCAUGUAGAGGUGGGUAAGAAGAAGAUAUCCAUGGUCAUACACUAUUUCUUCAUCUGGGUUCUAUGUGGACGGUCAAAAAUGUUUUUGGGGACAAAUGUUUCAGAACCCCUCCUUUGAUGUACCAGCCCAGUUCUACUGUUGCCAUUCUGAUUGCUACUCUUUUUGGUGCAUGUUGUUAAUGUAUCAUGGGCUGUCUGUCUUUAUGACACCUGGUACCCUGAAGAUCCAUUGUUGUAUGCGGUUAUUAUCAGCGAAAACUAACUGGAUCGAUAUAUAGGCUUGAUAAGUGUCGGCUGGCUUUGUUCACCAAGUCCACUCAAGAUUAUACACCUUGACAUGAAUUACCACCUGUACCGUCCCUACUCAGAUAAUAGACUUCUCUGUCUGUGUCCUUAUACUUUGAUAUAUUGGUUAUUUUUGAGCAAUUGAAUUAAUAUGAAGCCAGUUUGGUUGGUACAGAUGGAGUGACCCAAACUAGCAUGCAUUUUGUAUCAUAGUGUGUGGACAACUGGAGUGCAAGUAUCAAUAUUUCCCUUGCAAACUGAAAAUCUUGAGCAAAUGCUUUGUUUUCAAAAUGUCAUUUUUUAUUUUGCAUUUUAUAAGGUAAAAGAACAAUUUCUCAAAUUAUAUUGUAUUAAUAAUUUGCAUUCCGACCAA